CAUUAUAUUGUGCAGUGACGUAGAGUCGUAUGUUCAUCUUUGGAGAAUAUAUAUUCCUGAAUGGUUUAUUAAGCAAAAUUAUUAAUUUACUUUGAUUGUCACAAGUAACGCGUUAAUGUAAUAUUGAAGAAAAAAGAAAAGUUGAGACCAAAUUUUCAAUUUGUGCGAUUUAGGCGCCCCUAGUAAUAUUAGCACUGGAUCGCUGAUAAAACCUACCAAAUUCUUGUGAAAGAGCGAUUUGUUUGUUUUUCAUUUAUAUAUUUUUUGAGUCAAUUUCCGAUUGACUUAACGAAGAAUACCCGAGAGUAAGAUAUCUUUGUCUAAUUUGCGAACUGGCAUUGCGCACCCCAAGGAGGGGAAACAAAAUCUUAUAUGACUUUUGAAAGAUACGGUGAAACACCAGCAAAAAAAACCGCACUUCUAAUUCAACAAAAACGGAGUAAAGGGUUCGAGCUGUGCAUGAAUUCAAAAGGGCGAACCAUAAGUCACCGGACUUCGAGUAACAGACAUCGGAAGUUACAGCCCUUCAGGUACACAUGAGCCUGUUGUUUUGCCAUUUUUUAAAGACUUAAACUGGUAAAUUUACAAUAUAAAUAAAUAUAUAUAUAUAUAAAUACAUAUAUAUAUAUAUAGAUAUAUAUGUAUAUAUUUAAUUAAAGAAAUAGAAUAGCUGAAUAUUUACCAAGGCAAAAUUCAACCAAAGCUUCAGCAAAAUAACAUCAGAGUAUAAUACCUUUGCGAAACAAUUUAAAGAAAAUUGUUCUCACGCAAUUCUUACUGAAUCUACAAAACAAACAAAUUAUGUACACCGUUGUUUAAUUAAAGCACAAUUAAUUCGCGGUACCGGUUGGAUAUACCAAUUCAUGCUUAUUCUCAGUACAUUUGUUAAGUGAAAAGCGGCGGCAAUACAAAAAAAAAAAAGAAAAU